UCCCUCAACUCCACUCGGUCCAAGUUGCGCGGCCGAUCCCCCGCCGGCUCUCUGUCGGCGCGGCUUGCAGCGGCGGGCGGGGACACUGGUGGCGGCCCCCGGCGGAGCAGGAGGGGGCAGGAUGACGGCGGAGGCGCGGGGAGCACCCGGCUGUGGUUGAAGGCGAAGGGGCGUGUGGAAGCGAGCGACUGGAGAGCGGGGAGUGGAAGCGGCUUCCCCAGCGAGCUCGGCCCAGGGGCGAGUCCGGCCGAUGACAGCGGGCUCGGCGCGGUCUGGCGCAGGGAAGCCCGGCUGAAGGGGACGUGAAGCGAAGGAGGCGGGAGCAGGGCAGCGAUACCGCCGAGCCCGGCCCGCGGCCGCUCGCGAGGCGCCUGCCCUGAGGAGAGCGGCAGCCCGGUCGUCUGCCCCCCGCCCCGGGAAAGUUUGGCGCUCGUCCGCCCCUCCGGGCAAAGUUGUCGUUGGAUUUGUUUGUUUGUGUUCUUUUCCUCCUCCUCCCCCCCCUUCCGCUCCCUCAGCCCCCGCCGCGCUCCCCCUCCUCUCCUCAGCCGGCUCUGCGCGGAGAGGAAACUGCGAGGGAAGCAGGAACUGAGGAGCGGCGGCAGCCCGGACCCAGGAGCCUCCCCGGUGCCCGGCAGCCAGUAGCCCGACCCGCCGCUCGGACUCCAGCCCGCCCCUCUUCCUCUCGGACGGGCGUGAGGGCAGAGAGGACUUGAUUUGGGAUUUUGUGUUUUGGUUUUUUUUUUUCCCAGUUUUUUUUUUUAUUUCUGUAUUUUAAAUUUUUUUAAAGCCCUUUUUUUGCCCGCCCGCUUCUCCGUCCGCUUUAAUAUAUGCUUCUGGAGAGCGACGUCCCCCCGCGCCGCCUCACCGCCCAGCCAUGUCGGCGGCCAUCUCUGCCGCGGAGAAAGUGGAUGGCUUCACACGGAAAUCGGUGCGCAAGGCUCAGAGGCAGAAGCGCUCGCAGGGCUCCUCGCAGUUCCGCAGCCAGGGCAGCCAGGUGGAGCUCUCGCCCCUGCCCCAGCUCAAAGAUGCCACCUUCAAUGAACAGCAGGAUCUUUUUUGUCAGAAGUUGCAACAGUGUUGUAUACUCUUUGACUUCAUGGACUCUGUUUCAGACCUGAAAAGCAAAGAAAUUAAGAGAGCAACACUGAAUGAACUGGUUGAAUAUGUCUCAACAAAUCGUGGAGUAAUCGUUGAAUCAGCUUAUGCUGACAUAGUGAAAAUGAUUAGUUCUAAUAUUUUUAGAACACUUCCACCUAGUGAUAACCCAGAUUUUGAUCCAGAAGAAGAUGAACCAACUCUUGAAGCCUCAUGGCCCCACAUACAGUUGGUGUAUGAAUUUUUCCUGAGGUUUUUGGAGAGCCCGGAUUUUCAGCCUAGCAUUGCAAAGCGAUACAUUGACCAGAAAUUUGUGCAGCAGUUGUUGGAGCUCUUUGAUAGUGAAGACCCACGGGAACGUGAUUUCCUGAAGACCGUUCUGCAUCGAAUUUAUGGAAAAUUCCUCGGUUUAAGAGCAUUCAUCAGGAAACAGAUUAACAACAUUUUCCUCAGGUUUAUAUAUGAAACAGAGCACUUCAAUGGUGUUGCUGAACUUCUUGAGAUAUUAGGAAGUAUUAUCAAUGGUUUUGCACUGCCACUGAAAGCAGAACACAAACAGUUCCUUAUGAAAGUUCUGAUUCCCAUGCAUACUGCAAAGGGAUUAGCUUUGUUUCAUGCACAGCUUGCCUACUGUGUUGUUCAGUUCCUGGAAAAAGAUACAACUUUAACAGAGCCUGUAAUCAGAGGAUUGCUCAAAUUUUGGCCAAAAACUUGCAGUCAGAAAGAGGUGAUGUUUUUAGGGGAAAUUGAAGAAAUCUUAGAUGUAAUAGAACCGACACAAUUCAAAAAAAUAGAAGAGCCUUUAUUUAAGCAAAUAUCCAAGUGUGUGUCAAGUUCACAUUUUCAGGUUGCAGAAAGAGCUUUGUACUUCUGGAACAAUGAGUAUAUUCUUAGCCUGAUUGAGGAGAACAUUGAUAAAAUUCUACCAAUUAUGUUUGGCAGUUUAUACAAGAUCUCCAAAGAGCACUGGAAUCCCACUAUUGUGGCACUGGUAUACAACGUGCUGAAAACCCUGAUGGAAAUGAAUGGCAAGCUUUUUGAUGAACUCACAAGCUCAUACAAAGCAGAGAGGCAAAGAGAGAAAAAGAAAGAAUUGGAACGUGAAGAGCUGUGGAGAAAGCUGGAGGAGUUAAAGCUAAAGAAGGCGAUGGCAGAAAAGCAGAACAGCACUCACAAUGUGCUCAAUGCACACAAUACAAGUGCCAAAUAAAAGAAAUGACCACCUCUACUCGGCAGACACACUUUUUUGUACCCUUUUGAAAUAUAUAAGGAUUUGCAAAAGAAACCUCAUCAGUAUAUUAGAAACAGCCAAUUUUUUCUCUGGCAAAUGUAAAGAUUUGAAUUUAAAUACAGCAGUUAAGUGAUGUCAUUACCACAGCAUAUUGUAAAUUUGUCUAAUUAUUGAUAUACUGUCACUUCCAGCGUUUCACAGAACUGAAUUAUCAUCCUUAAUGAGUGAAAUAAUUACGGGAGUGGUGAGAAUUAUGACUUGAAUUUCUGAUUGUGUUGCACAUAGGUGGUAUAGUUUGCUAUGUACAUUUUUUUUUCCUUGUUUUAUAUGUGCUUUUCACAUUGCUGCAUACUUCGGUUAAGAUGAUAGAAAAGGCUUCUAGUUGUGCUGUAUUUUCUCAAAUAAAACCAAGGUGUAUGUUACUGGUAACUUGAGAUAUUCAGUAUGUGCCCCUUACAGCACCGAAAGGAACUCUGAUAUGGUGCUGUCCUUGAAUUUGUGAUUGGAUUUAGAUUUAUAUUAUGCUCACGUUAGAAUGAGGCCAAGUAAGAAGAGAAAGUCAGCUUGAACAGGUUAAGGGGGGUCCCUGGGUGUGACCUACCACUUGGAGAGUGCCUCUGCCCCAUUCUGGCUGCCUCUUGGUCCUGGGCUGCUUGGAGAUUUCCUCCUGCUACAGCUGAGGAUGGAGCUUCCUCCAGAGAGCCCAUCAAUGAUGCUUCUCAGCAGCCCAAGGACUCCCUGCAGAGUAGUGCAGGUCUCCUCGAGACUAUCUUGGACAUCUCUGCAUUAGUUUUAGCAUCUCCUGAACUGAAGAACGAGACCAAAAUUGGGGUUACUUUUUUUCCCUUUGUUUAGGAGGAAAGGAUGUCAAUAAAUAGUUCCUUGUUUUAUUUAAAGAAAAUGCAGCCUGUUUCUUAAAGGUGGAAGAUUGACAAUAGAAGUCUUGUCUGUUUACUUGAUCAAGUAUUUUUCACAUCCUUUAUCAGAGUACCAUUCCAAUCUCUUAAAUUGCAGUUGUGUGGAAAACUUUUGUAAUGAAAGAUCUUUGGGGAAUUGAGCAGCAUUCAAUAAAGUCUUUAUGUUUGUA